CAAAAUAAAAAUAAAGCAUGGUCUUUGCAAUUCUGCGUAGCUCAGCACAUGAUUAAAUUUAUAUUUUUAUAAUUGAACGAGUAUUUUUAAAAGUAAACAAUAAGACUGUGUUAAGUCAAUCAGUAUGGUUGCCAAAAAGAAAAAGAAGUUUUCUUCGGGAGAAGGAGCACAAUUUAUGACCAGAAAAGCUGCAUUAAAAAAACUCCAGCUUUCUCUGAAAGAUUUCAGACGUAUUUGUAUAUUGAAAGGCAUAUAUCCUCGUGAACCUCGAAAUCGUAAAAGAGCUCAGAAAGGAGCAGGUGGUAUCAAAACGCUGUAUCACACUAAAGACAUAAAGUUUCUUUUACAUGAACCUAUAUUAUGGAAGCUACGUGAGCUGAAAGUAUAUCAACAAAAAAUUCGGAAGGCUCGAGCAAUGAAUGAUUAUGGCAAAAUGAGAAAAUACUUUCGCGACUAUCCUCAAAUGAAUAUUGAUCAUAUUGUUAAAGAAAGAUACCCUACAUUCAUUGAUGCUUUAAGGGACUUAGAUGACUGUUUGACAUUAUGUUUCCUGUUCAGCACAUUUCCCUCCUUAAAUAAAGUGCCUCGAGAUCAGUCUCUACUGUGUAGAAGAUUAUCUGUUGAGUUUAUGCAUGCAGUUAUUGUUGCUAAGGCUCUGCGCAAAGUUUUUAUAUCAGUCAAAGGUUACUAUUACCAAGCAGAAUUGGAGGGACAGACAGUAACAUGGAUGGUUCCACAUCAUUUUGCUUUUCAGCCUCAAAGCAAGGAUGAAGUAGAUUUCAAAAUAAUGUCGACAUUUGUAGAAUUCUACAUCACAAUGCUUGGAUUUGUUAAUUUCAAGUUAUAUAAUUCCCUAAAUCUUGUAUAUCCACCAAAACUGACAGCUGGAUUUUCAUCAAAAUCAGAUAAAGAACUAGUUGAUGAACAGGCUUAUGUGGCUGAACGAAUUGCUGCUAUGAAUCUUUCCGUAGCAAGAAUUAAGGGUGCUAAUGAAGCAGAAGAAUUGCCUGAAAUAGACAUUUUUGAGACUGAGGACCAAGACCCACAGAAACUGGAAGAAGCUAAACUGGAGGCAGAAAAAGUCAAGAAGUUGAAAACUUUGUUCAAAGGACUAAAAUUCUUUUUAAAUCGGGAAGUUCCAAGAGAGCCACUUGUGUUCCUUAUUCGUUGUUUUGGUGGUGAAGCAUCAUGGGAUCAUGAUCAUUUUGUUGGUGCUACAUUUGAUGAAUCUGAUGAGUCUAUAUCAUAUCAGAUUGUGGACAGACCAAGCAUGGAUAAACAAUUUUUAUCUAGGUAUUAUGUUCAACCCCAAUGGGUAUUUGAUAGUGUUAAUGCGAGAACCCUUCUGCCAAUCAACAAAUAUUUGAUGGGUGCUGUUCUACCACCACAUUUGUCACCAUUUGUGGACAAAACAAAGGAUCAGGUCUACAUUCCACCAGAACAGAGGGCUUUGAAUGAUCCUGAAUACAAACCACCUGGUGAAGAGGAUUCUGAUGAGGAAAUUGAAGAAGCCAGUGAUGAGGAUAAGGACGAUCAAGAUGAAGGUGAUGAUACUGAUGAUAAUGCUGAGGAUGCUCUUACAAAACAAUAUCAAGAUGAAUUAGCCCAAGAGUCAAAUUCUGAUGUAGAUAGCAAUGACGAUAUGGAUGAUGAUAAAAAGAAGCUGGCUAAGGAAAAGAAAAAGAACAUGGGUGUCAAAACUGGUGUUCCGCAUAAGGAGCAUCCCUAUCAAAAAGAGAUUGAAGACAAGCAGGCGUUCAAGCUCAGAGAAAGGCUGGUGAGGAAAAAACACAGAAACUUAUAUAAGAGCAUGAAAGCUGGGGCAGAGGCAAGAAAGAAGGAAAUAUGGCUGCUGAGGAAGAAGCGACGUCUACAUGAUGAGAAGGCGAAAGAAGAAAAGAAAGUUGAAAAGCGGAAGGAGAAAAUGCAAGCAUUAGAAACAUCUAUGUGAAACAAAUAUAUUAAAUCGAUGUUUAAACUUUA